AUGACUUCACUUUUGCCAUUUACGCAAAUUCGUGGCAAUACUGUUAACUUCUUCAUGAGAAGGACUUCUGGGGAAUUAUGGAAAACUGUUACCAGUGUAUCAAAAGCAGGUCAAAAGAAAGGGCGUAUGAACACAAGACAACCUGUUCGUGCUCUAAACAGGUUCUAUCGGAUUGGAUCAAGUCCCAUGAAGGUACAAUUCCCUGGUCUGAAUGCUCCUCUGAGCACGAAAGACCCAGAUGUAAAAAUUGUCGAGCAAUCCGACGAAGAGAUAAGAGAGGGCCAACUAAAUGUUAGGAAGACUUUAGAGGAGCAGAAGGACAUUGGAAAGAGGCGGUUUCGAGAAAAGCUGCACCCACUUGAACGAGGGUUCAGCGGUACUCAAUUAGUUGGUCAGAAGCUUGGACCACCAGCACCAGUUGAUGGCGCGUCGUUUGAAGAUUUCCAAACAUAUUGUCUUGAGGUCAAAAGGACAUCGAAUAUGACAGGAGUAUUCGGUCGAGUUCAUACCAUGGCUGCUCUCGUAAUUACUGGAAAUGGCAAAGGACUUGCUGGAUAUGCUGUUGGAAAGGCACCUCUUCAUAGAACGACCACAGCAAUUGUGAAUGGCAUGAAUAUGGCGGCAAGAAAGCUGUUUUUUGUCGAUCUUUUAGAGGGAAGAACAAUCUUUCAAGACUUUUAUGCUGAAUGCCGUAACACAAGGGUAUUCGCUCAAAGACGACCUCGGGGUUAUGGACUGACCUGUCACCCGAGAUUGAUAAAGAUCUGCGAGGCAAUUGGAAUCAAGGACAUUUACGUAAAGGUUGAAGGUUCGACCAAAAACUACCUUGCACUAACUCAUGCGUUUGUGACAGGAUUGUUGAAUCAGGAGACCCACCAACAAUUAGCCGAACGAAAAGGUCUUCAUGUGGUUGAAAUGUCGCCGUCGAGGCAUUUCCUUCCGCAAGUUGUAGCUUCGCCGAUUCUCACUCCACUCAAAGAGGAGGACGAACUCGAGGACAUUGAUCGUCUGAAUUUGGAUGAUUUCUAUGGGGAAGGAAGGUAUCCAUUGAGGAAACCUAAACGUUUGCCGUUCUAUGCUGACUUACCAGAGCACAAAGAGGCAGAGUGGCGAAAACAUCCGUUUAGAAAUCACGAAGAGGUUAUGAUUCGACUCCUGGCUGAUGGAGUUGUUUCUCGAUGGACUCGAGAUGCACGUAGUAAAUGGGCAGAAGAACGUCACGAACAGGCAACAGCCGGAGUAGUGCCGCUACCUACUGGUAUUGGCCUUUCAGAUGUGAUUCCAAAGAAGGAGUAG